AUGAUGGUCCUCCUGCGCCGCCUCGUCGCCGCCCUCGGCGUGCUCGCUCCCCUCGUCACGGCCGCCACUCUCCCGGCCCUGCCCUUACACUCGUCCGGCCGCUGGAUCCUGGACGCCAACAACAAGCGGGUCAAGCUCCGCUGCGUCAACUGGGCCGCGCACAUGGAGACCAACAUCCCCGAGGGGCUCCAGCACCGGCCGAUGGACGCCAUCGCCGACUGGAUCGCCGCCCAGGGCUUCAACUGCGUCCGGCUCACCUACAGCAUCGACCACGCGCUCGACCCGUCCCUGCCCGUGUCGACCUCCUUCACCACCAACGCGGCCUCGGCGACCGGGGUCUCGGCGGCCGAGAUGGCGGCCCUCUUCGGGCGCGUGGCGGCCAACAACCCGUGGAUCACGCCCGGGGAGACGACGACGCGCGACGUGCUGGCGGCCGCCGUCGACCGGCUCUACGCGCGCGGCGUGCUGACCGUCCUGGACAACCACGUCUCGCGGGCGUCGUGGUGCUGCAGCCUGACCGACGGCAACGGCUGGUGGGACGAGGCGGCCGGGUACAACCCCUGGAACAGCCGCUUCUUCGACACGCGCGCCUGGCUGGCCGGGCUCGAGGCCAUGGCCGCCUGGGCGCGCGGCCACCCCGGGGUGGUGGCCAUGUCGCUGCGCAACGAGCUGCGCGAGUUCCCUCUCCUGCAGGACGUCGACCCGGCCCGCCCGGACUGGUACGCCUUCGUCGGCCGCGCCGGCGCCGUCGUGCACGCCGCCAACCCGGACGUGCUCGUCGUCGUGGGCGGCGUGCAGAGCUCGACCGACCUGUCGCACCUCCGCCUCCCCGGCGGCGGCGGCAUGCUCGACACGAGCGCCUGGGCCGGCAAGCACGUCUGGGAGAUGCACGCCUACAGCUUCACCGUCACCUUCCCGGACGUGUUCGGCAGCUGCGACGUCGUCCGGGCCGAAUACGGCGCCCUCUCCGGCUUCGUGCUGGAGCAGGACCGCCCCUACACGGGGCCGCUCAUCCUCAGCGAGUUCGGCGUCGGCAUGGAGGGCGGCGACAAGGACGGCCUGAGCGACGAGGACGACCGCUACCUCCGCUGCCUCGUGUCGUACAUGGAGAACAACGACGCCGACUGGGCCGUCUGGGCCGUCCAGGGAAGCUACUACGUGCGGGACGGCCAGGUGGACUAUGACGAGACCUGGGGUUUGAUGAACCACAACUGGACCGGCUGGAGAAACCCGGCGUUUCCUGCCAAAUUAGGUAACAUGUGGAACAUGACACAGGAGCCGUGA